AUGGAACCAAGUUAUGAUCUCUCCCAAGACAACACCCUCGUCCUUUGCCGAUUCAGGCCUCACAAUGACUUUGAGCGAGAAUUCUCUAGUAAAGAAAUCGUGGAAAUUGCCCAAGACAGCCAAUCAGUGACUAUCUUCCAAACAAAAGAAAAAGGAGAGCCACUCUCCUUUCCCUUUGACUACGUUUUUGAUGAAAACGACACCCAGUCCACUGUAUAUGAAAAGGCUGCUCGGCCAAUUGUAGAUGGUGUAAUGGAAGGCGUAAACGGCACAAUUUUCGCAUAUGGGCAAACCUCAGGAGGUAAAACCUACACAAUGACAGGUCCAAAUUUUGAAGACCCAGUUGAUAUGGGAUUAAUUCCACGAAUGAUCACCAAUGUUUUUUACCAAAUCGAGAACUCCUUACUUCCUCAUUAAUGAUCUAAAUUUUAAUAUCCAAUAUAUGCACUCAGAAAAAUUAUAUGAAAAUAAGACAUUUUAUAACUUAUAACCCUAUAUAGGUUUCUUUAUCAAAUAAUAGAUGAUUGAACGAACAAGUCAGAUUCUAUCAAAGGGACGAGCUGGAUUUCUAUACCUGGAAGGGCUAAAGUGACAUGCUAAAAAUUGUUGGCAAGUGUGAACAAAGGUGACAAGCAAACGCUCCAAUUUUUAAAAUGGCUUUAUUAUAAAAAUUAAUUUUGAAUUUACGAUACCCUUUUAGACUAAAAUUUAUCAGAAAUAAUAUAUAUUUUUAAAUAUUUUUUAUAUUUUUAUGCAUUUGGAGGGUAUGGACUAUAUUUUGUUAAUUGAUUUAAAAAAAAUUUGCAAUAUAUAGAUAUGUUCGAUCAAGGAUCGGGUUUUAUUUUUCAAAAAAUUUCAUCAAUUAUGUGAGAGUCAGAACACUUGGAAUUCACCGUAAGAGUCUCUUACAGUGAAAUUUAUAUGGAAAAAAUCAGAGAUCUCCUUGCACCUGAGCAUGACAAUUUAAAGAUAAGAGAAAAUAAAAUCAUGGGUGUCUAUGUGGAAGGAAUAACAGAAAGUUACACUUCUACAGGAGAUGAAGUGUUUGAAUGAAUGAAAUACGGCACAAAAAACAGGACAGUUGGGGCGAACAAUAUGAAUAUGAAGUCAUCAAGGUCCCAUGCAAUUUUUUCUAUGACUGUAAGCCAGACAAAUAAGCUGGACUAUACUACAAGGAUAGCUAAACUUCAUAUGGUUGACUUGGCAGGGUCUGAAAAAGUAUCAAAAACUGGAGCGGAAGGUCUCAGACUUGAAGAAGCGAAAUUAAUAAAUAAAUCGCUGACAACUCUAGGGAUCGUCAUUACUGCUCUUACAGAGUCCAAAAAGAGCCACGUUCCUUAUAGAUCUUCUAAGUUAACUCGGCUUCUUCAGCAGUCUCUUGGAGGAAAUGGGAAAAUGUCUCUGAUUAUCUGCUGUUCUCCAUCACUUUAUAACGAGCAAGAAACAAUCAGUUCGCUGAGGUUUGGAGCUCGAGCCAAACUUAUUAAAAAUACCCCAAAAGUAAAUAGAGAAUACACCCUUGCAGAGCUAAAGCUACUUUUAGCACAAGCAAGAGAAGAAAUCAGGAGAAAAGACAAACGAAUCAAAGUCCUUGAAGACCUUCUGAGACAAGCUGGAAUUGCAAUCCCAGAAAUGGUUGAUUUAGAUGAAAGCGAUUUUGAGGACGAAUACAGAGAUGGAGCCUAUGCAGAUGUGAUACAAGAGCUAGAAGAUCUUAGGUCUAGGCUUUCAGAAGAAGUGGAAAAUAGCUUGAAACUUAAAGAAGACGUAAAAGAAGCACAGACAGAGUCUGAAGAGUAUAAAAGUGUCUAUAGUGUCAUGGAGCAACAUAUCAAAUAUAUGGACUCCCAAAUUAAAAAUUUCGAAAAUUCUCAAAAAGAAAAAGAAGAUCUUAUUGAAAAAUUGACUGUUGGCAAAGAGUCAUAUGAGGCUGAGCUGUCUGCUAUAACUACAAAAAUGCUUGAGCAAGAACAAAAAUUAAAUGAAAGAGAAGUAGAAAUAGAAAUCCUAAAAAAUAAGCUAAAAAACAUGAAAGGUGAUGUGGUACAACAGCAAAGGACUGAAGAAGACCAAAGGAAUGAGGUGAAAAAAGAAAUUUAUAGAAAAUAUACAGUAAGCCAUCAGCUUCCUCCUAUUAAAGAGUCUACUAUUGAGUCAGUCAGUGAUGAAGUCUACGAUGAGCAGAAGUGACGAGAAGAAAAAAGAAAAAUGAUAACAAAUUUUCCAUUAAUAAACAUAAAAAUAAUUUAAAAAAAUUAAAAAUAAUAUUCAUAUAAAAUAAUAUAAGAGACUUACAAAAACGUAUAUCUCAAGUUGUAGACCUCGAACUUGCCCUUGAAGAAGCUCGAGAAAACUAUGCCACUUUAGAACUUACUAUGUCUGAAGGAGAAAGAGCACUUAAAAAGAAAACUGAUGUGCUUGAGCGAAAUCUAGAACAACUAACACUAAUGUACCAUCAGCUAGCAAGCCAAAAAUCAGCACUAUCUGUAGACAAACAAGUCGCUGAAAGAAAAAGCCAAAGACUUCAAGAAAAAAUAAGGAUUCUUGAAGAUCAGCUGAAAAAGGCCAAUGUAGAGCUUGAUAAAUGCCAGCGCGAAAUUAAAUAUUUAACAGAAACUUUUGAAAAGACCUCAAAACUAAGCAUGCUAGGAAGCUCAGGCGGACUUGGAGCUAUUGUCCCCAGUGGAAGAAUCCGAAAAUCAAUUAAAGGUGGAGUUGGUUCUUUUAAGCCUCAAAUCCCUGAAGUCACAAGAAAUUACUCAGUUUCAAUCAAUAUGUAA